AUGAUGGCGGAAAAGCUGCAAGAUGUUUCCGAUAUCGAGGUUUCUGACGUUGAUGUUUUCAGGGAUACAUCGUUAAGAUAUCUAGGUAAGCUCUGAAUUUAUUUUAAGAUGGUCACUGGAGAAGAAAGUCGACAGCUUCUUAUUUCGUCUCUACAGCCCUUUUAGACAUCAUUAAUUAAAGCAGAAUGCACAGCUGUUUGCUCUUACACUUACAAAUGGCUGUUUAAGCUGUUCAUCAAUUUAUCCGAACAUUACCGUUUCGGAGAAUUAUACUAUUUCAUCGCAAAAUUCUCUAAUUUUCUCAAAACACGUCAGGAGCUGGUUUACAUGAGAAGUUGCUAGAUCCUCUAGGGAUGACUGCAUUUGAGGUACCUCUUUUAUUGACUGUUUUCAAGAUCUUCUGGAAAUAACAUGGCUUAUAGAAAGUACACAUUUCGUACCUACAUUAGUGGUGAAAGGAAAUUACAGUGAUUUCUUUUUGGGAGAUUCUUAACCAAGUUCAAACGUUGUAAUCGUGUGGCAUGGUGGUUAGUGUGCUUUAUGCACGAUUUUUUUGACAAAAUACCAAGACACCCAUACAAAGAAGUAUUAGUGAACUUUAACAAACUGUUUGGAACUUUGUGCAAAAUCCCAUUUUCCUAGGGACAGGGUCUCUUGUCCUCAACAUGUGUUGUAGGUACUCUUUUUGUUCUUCCAUCUUUUUUUGACAAAAUUUUUAAGGAUUUGAUGUUUUACUCUAUCCUUAAGAAAGAGAUCCUUUUGGUCAAAAUGUUGUAGACUAAUUUCGGAUCUAUGCAAAUGAAGUUGAAUUUGAGAAGUAGCAAUCUUUAUUGGUGAUAAUGUAUAGUUCUCAUUUCUCUUGUCCUCUAUUUGUGUUACAUUUUUUGAACCUGACAAUUUUAUAAGGGACAACCUUGGUUUCAAAAGGCUAGGGGCUAUCUCUAUUGGAUGCUAACUUGCUUCAUGUACACCCUUAUUCAGGAUAAGCUCUGAGGUAGUUGUAAACUGUUAUGUAAUGUGACCCAUGAAAUUUACCUAUUUCUUGUAAAAAUUACUUCAGAUUAAUAUUGGUAAUACAACUUCACAGCUUUACUAGCUGUAGCUUUGAUCUUGUUCCACAACAUGUGCAAAAAAUAGUGAGCUGUUAAUCAACAAGAAUACAUUUCCACUUCUUGUCAUGUGAUUUUGAAGUAAAGAAAUCUACUUAUCAGUUUCUUAAAAUCUCGGCUUUUUUUCUUGUUUCUUUGUGAGUUAAACAGUGGAUAUCCAGUAUUCUCCAAUGGUUGUCUAGAAGCCAAUCGACAAUAAAUACUGGCUGAAUGUUUGACUUCCUUGUCUACUUAAAGAAGCUUGUGCUUCAGAAAUGAGUAGCAAGAAAACACACUGGCAGCUGAUGCUUCUAGGAAUAUUUUGUAUCAAUAUGUGUGAAUUAAAUUGAUUGCGAUUUAAGCAAGGUACCUGUUUGAAAUAUAGGACACCUGGAAUCUAUGGAGGCUUUCUGUUUAGAGAAGCAAUAUAGUUGAAGUCAUUUUUGCACGUGUGAGAAUGUAAGGUUUCCAGCACUUCUAAAUUUGAAAAAAGGAAAACCUUGUGAUUUGAAUUUACUCCAAGGCCUUGUGGGUCAACCCUUUCUACUGGAUCCUUACUGGUUGCAUAACUUUCUUAAACUUCUGUUAAAGCAGAGUUUUAACUUCCUGUUUUAGUCAAAUCAAAGGAUAUUAAUAGGAUUUUGAUGGUUGAAUUUUGCUGGUGAAUACAGUUAUAUUUGUGUAGCAGAGCGUUCUAAGGGAGUUUUCAUGCUUUGUCUCUUUCCUCUCAUCCAGUCAUGUAUGACGACUUUUUCUAGUUAGAAGCAGUGAAGGAUGGAAUCUCCAUGUAAAUAAAUUGCAUGCAAGUUAAUCAACUGUAUAAGUUUACUAGUUCUGAUUCCAGAGUGAAACUUGUGUAAAACAAAGUAAAGAACUUCACAUACCUUCAUGUUAAAAAUUGCAAGCCAUUUGGUUCCAACUUUUGACUUAAAAGAAGCUGUUUCAAUUGGACACUAACAAAGCAGCAAACUCUGGCAGCUUCCUGGGGCUAAAAUUUUGUUUUCAUUCCUGUGUUAUCAAGUAAGACUGGUUUACAGUGUUGUUCACUGGUUUUCUGUGUCUGUGAUCAUGGACCACAGCAGGAGCACUACUCCUUUCAAAACAAUUUGUUUAUCUUAGGUUUUAAGGGGCUGUACUUAAAAGCAAGUCCAGUGUUUGAAACAAGUCUUCAGCAGGUGUUCAUUUUCAUCAGUAAACAGUUUCUAUUCAUUAAAAUGCAAACAGAAUGCUAAGUGUUGAACUUUUACCAAAAGACAGAAUAACCUGGUUCCUUGAGCUAUUAAUAAUAAAUAGUGUUCCUUUAUUAAAAAUUCAUUGUUUUUAAAACAAGUAUUUUACCUUUUAAACUCUACUGUUCUCUGAAACUGACAGCCAUUUCUAAAUUUGUUUGAUUUUGAGUAUUUGCUCUAACUGUUGUUUUUCUGUCUUCCACUAACUUAGCACAAAGCUUUAAAUUGUGUACAUCUUGUUUGCAAUGAAAGCUUACUUAAAUGGCAUUUAGUUUAUCUAAUAGCUCAAUGUGUCAGAGGACUUAUCUUAAAAUACCUGCAAAAUUAGUGAACCAUUAACCCACUUCCUUCUCUAUCAGUGAGUAAGCUAACUAGAGCGUGAAAUGACACAAGGUUCAAUUCUUGUGUUUUGAGUGACUUAGAUAGAUUUGAAUCAGACAAGUGACAAUUUCACCUUCCAUCAUCAUAACUGUAGCUUUUGAACUCAAUAGGUUGUAAAAUAGGAUUGACCUCAAGAAAUCACCAGAAGGCAGCCUCUUGAGAUGGUGUUUGUCAGAAGUUAAAAGUAAUUCAUUAGUCAACAGUCAAGUCUCGGAGAUCUUAAAAGAAGGUUGAAUUGAUUUUCCACUGGAUUUAAACCCCAUAAACACAAAAGCUUAAACAUUUUUUGUUAAACCUGGUUUGAAAUUGUUUUCUUCACAGAAGUUUUUAAGAUUGAUGUUUGUCACCUUUCAAAUCUAGAACAACGAAAAUGUAGGUUAGUGCCUAAUUUAACCCUAAAGUAUGUAAAAUCAGUUUUUUUCCUUUUCUGUUGCCAAUUUUUACUCUCUCUGAACAUAAACCUGGCUGAACUAAGCAUGUUUUUCUGUUGUCAAUGUGAUAUUACCCUGCUUUUUGUUGAUCUGGGUAAGAUCAGUAUUGAAACAAUAAAGGGUGAAAUUCUGGUAACAAGCCCUAUAAAUUGUAUAUGCCAAAUAUGCUUGACUUGUAUGAAAACCUUUGCCAGGCUUGUUUUCAAACAAGCUAUAAUUUUUAGUGUCUGGAUUGUGGUUUAAAUUUUACUUCAGUUUAAAGUUUCUCAGACCUAGUUUAUUUUAAGGUUGAAACAAAAUGAAAGUAACAAAAAAUUUGUUUAAUUUAGCUGAAGACUACAAAUUCAUUGGAAUUAUUUAUUUGUAUCUCCAAAUUGUGUUUUCUGUGAAAAUUUGGUCACAAGUUUGUUACAAGGCUCUCGAUAUAUUAGAACUAACCACAGCCAACAUUUUUCUGCCAUUCAUUUGUGAGCCUAGUUUUCUCCUUGCAUUUUCAUUCCCCUUCCUGCCUUGUAUCUGCAACUCAGGCUCCCCCCCCCCCCAAAAAAAAAAAAAAAAAAAAAUGAUGUUAUUAGCCAUAAGACUAAACAUUUUAGUGAAAGUUCCCAUUUUAACCAGGUAUAUAAUUGUCUCCCUUCACUCUCUCCUUGUCAUCACCAUAAGAGAGUAAUAUAGAAAAUAUGAAUACUCAUGUUUGGAUGGAAAGGGUGAAGACUACUGACCAACAUAACUUCUUCUAUACCAAAUGUGACCCUAGCCACUAAUAAUCAUUGCUUAGUUCAACAUUUUUCAUUAAGAUUUGUUGAUACCCAUCAGGAUAUGCCAAUGAAUUUGGUGAGGCAUUCCGUUCCCACAUUCCUCGGUUCAUGUACCUUGGUAGCUAUGGAGUUGCCUCCACCUACUGCCUGGCAGACUCCAUCGACAAAGGGAGGCAAUGCUACCAGGAAAGUACCCAUCUGUCCAGCUACCUUCAGAAACGCAAAGCAGUUGAAACCAUGGUAGAAGCAGCCAUCUGGCAGGGGUUGGCUUCAGUGAUCAUCCCAGGGUUUACAAUCAACAGGAUUUGUGCGGCAUCUAGGUUCACUCUUAGCAGAUAUGCAAGAGGAGUGCCUCCUAAUGCCCAAAUGUGGAUGACAACUAUUGUGGGACUAAGUGCAAUACCCUUUAUUAUCAAACCUAUAGACAGGUGGGUGACGUCAGUAGAUAACUUAUUAAGUUUGUUAAAGAGUGAGGUAACCAUUUUAUUGUUUCUCCUUGAAAAAUUAAGCCUAGUCUGUCAAAAUCAGUCUGUGUUGAUCUUCCACAACUCUUUAACUCCCAAGAUCUGAUUGUUAACUCUCCCCUAUAGCUGCUACACAUUUUUUUGUAAAUAAGUUACAAGAAUUUAGAGUUAGAUCAAGAUAACAAAUUCUACCGAAUACUUUUUAAUAUUCUUGUCACCUGUUUGCUCAAUAAUGUAUGGAUAUUAUAGGGAGAAGUUAAAUGUUAAUCACUUCUGGUAGUUAAAGGGCUACCCAUCCCUCUUUCUCAAGUAUGACUUUUUUCUGACCUUGUUUGUCUACCCUAGAAAAAUUAUAUGUUUAGUUAUUCACACUAUGUACUUACCUGUGAAACUAUAAUACUCGAGACAAUAGUGUCAAACAUUUCAACUUUCUGACAAUAGCUUUCUUUCUGUCAUUCAGACUGGUGGAUGGUGUAAUGGAUGGAUUAAUCCAUGUUUCACGACAACUUGGUAUCUCUCAUCAACUGGAUCACAGCCACAAGAAAUAAAAACCGAGAAAUUCCACAUGAAAACAAAUUUUUAUGGACAAAUUACUUUCAGCCUUGUUUCCUCUGGCUCUGUAAUGAUGACCACUGGUACUUCACACCGGUUUUCCUUUUGUCCAUAAUGAACUUAUUUAAAGUGUAUCUUGAAUUCCUUUUCUGUCUUAACUUUCAGUCUCACUUUAAAUCUUAGGCAAGGACAUUGAUGUACAUAAAAAUUGCAACUUAUUUUUUUGGGUGAAAAAUUAUGCAAUAUUUAAUAUAAAAAUAAUAAAUAAAGGCAAUUUGCUGCUACUAGACUCUUCAAUAAACUUGAUGUCAGUUUGUUUUUGAAGCUAU